GAGAGAAAAUAGCUGAAAUAAAUUUUUCUUAUCACAAUUUUUUCCAUCAUUUUUUAUUGGAUGCGAAAACGAAUCAAGGCGUCCGUUGGAGUUCAAGUGAGAAAAAACUCACCACUCGUCUGGGGUUGCCAUACGUCAGUUCGGGGGAAAUACACCAGCCGUCGUUGCGUUGCGGUUUUUCCACCCAUUUUCAACGAGCUUUCCGGCCGUACAAGUGAUUCAGAGUGCUUCCUGUGUUCAUCUUUAACUGCCACACUGCCAAAUUGUGCCAUAAUCAACACACACCCACCGAGGGAUUUUUUUUUUCAUGGGAAAAAAGCAAUGAAUCCAUCAACGCCAUGCAAGAAGAUUUCACCCCAAAUGCGCCUCUUGGAGCGUCAACAGGAGUCUCAGCAGUCAUCAGGAUCUCAGACACCACUUCGUGGAAGUCGAUUCCACCUAUUGCCCAUGAUCAGCACACCGCCGCUGUCACACAUCAAGAGAGUUGUGAAUCCCUUCGAGGCGUCUCUCACGGAGAGACUCCACUUGCCGGCAAUCUGCAGCCCUUCACUGUUCAAUCGACCCUCAACGCCUCCGCACUCCUCCACGCAAUUUGAGUGGACAAUGGAGCAGGUUUCGCUGCUUAACCCGGCAACCAUUGAGGCUCACGAAACACAAUUCCUCAACUCUCCGAAUCCCGAUGUUGAAGCCCGUGCGCAGGCGGCCAUCUCGACCUACUUCCGAGAGCAGCACGUGGUGCCGAGUCCCAUUGACCCGCCGAUGAGGCAGAAGCCGAUCCUGUACAGCGAGGAGCAGGAUUCAUCAAUUGCUCCGGAGCCGGGAAAGCGCAACGGCAUAGCUCAGACUGUACUCACAUUGCCACCGCGAUUGCCCAAGGACGUGGAGGACGCACUGGCGCCCUUCUUCACCUUCACCAGCGAUCAGCAGCAGCCUCCGGAGGAGGUGUACGAUCAGGAGAAGGUGGACUCGUCGCUGAGGCGGAAGCUCUUUGGGCCGCUGGAGGAUUCUGGCGAUGACGAGGAGGAGGAGGACGAAGUAGACGCUGUGGUGAUGCCACCACCGCGUCAGAACUGGACAAACACUCCUGAGAACUGGACUAAGAAGUUCAGCGGCAGAAGCUUGGAUUCUCCCCACGACAGGAGUUCUUUCUCGCCCAACUUGACCAUUCAGAGGGAGACUUUUGGCUCUCUGUCGCCCAUCGGGAAGCUGUCGGUGACUGGGGAGCAGCAGAAGGCGCGCAGCAGCACGUCCAGCAUCUACCAGAGCACUCCUGAGCGCUUGGGAUCUGAACUAUCGGUAGAGAUGUCCCCUGGAGUGUCCACGAAGGCGAUGGACGUGUCAGAGGUGGACGAGGAGCGCAUGCAGAUGAGCCAGAGUGAUAUCCUGGCCAUACACGAGACACCCAUGCGCUGCCGAUCGAUGAGUCGGAAGAAUCUGUCGCACUCCUUCUCGCAAAUCAUGGACUCGGAGGACGGAAUGGAGUUCUUCGGACGCACAGAUGGGGCCAGAGUGGAGAUGAAGGACGUCUUCACGCGGACUGACAGUGGCUUCAACGACGGCAGCUGCGACACGAUGGACAACAAGGAGAACCUUGAUCCCAUGGCAAUGGAGGGCGUCAGCCAGGACGUCUCCAUGAUGAUCUCUUCCACUCCCGCCAAGUGGUGAUACUCAAUUGAAAUUGUACGUUUUUAGGCAUAUUUUCCAAUCUCAAUCAAGUGUUCAAUAA